AUGAGGUCUGCCGUUGCUUCGAUACUCCUGUCCUCCGUAGUCUCACCAGUGCUCGCGGGCGUCAAAGAGUUGUGGUGGAACAUCACCUACGUCGAAAAUGCCAGCCCGGACGGCCUUUUUGAACGUCAGGUCAUAGGCGUCAAUAACACUUGGCCACCGCCGCCAGUCGAUGUCAACCAGAUCGACUCGCUGGUCGUCCAUGUAACCAACUCCUUGGAGCAGGCGACGACGCUCCACCACCAUGGCAUGUUCUUUAACAGGACCUCAUGGAUGGACGGCGCCCAAGGGGUCACCGAAUGUGGGAUUCCGCCUGGUGCCCAGUUCGAUGACGUCGUCCCGAUCAACACUUCGGACCAGUGGGGUACAUACUGGGUCCAUGCCCAUGCGUCUGGCCAAUAUGUCGAUGGCCUACGAGCCCCAUUCGUCAUUCAUCCUCUGACAGAAGUCCACUCCUAUGACGAAGCAUUUACCGUCGUUCUCGGAGACUGGUACCAUGACGCGCACAGCGUCCUCCUCAAGCAAUUCAUCAGCAUCGCCAAUCCCGGGGGUGCCGAGCCCGUGCCAGACUCUGCCCUCAUUUACUUCGCCCAAAAUGCCUCGUAUCUCGGUCCUAAAGCUGGGACAAGUCCUUCGCCAGUGACUUCUGCUGUAGGCUUCAACGAGAACGCCACCCUGCCUUUUGAGCCCGGGAAAACGUAUCGCUUACGCAUUGUCAACACGUCAGCCUUCGCAAUGUUCUUCUUCUGGAUCGACGGACACGAAAUGCGUAUCAUUGAAGUCGACGGGACAGACGUCCAAGAGUCGCCUAUUGACUUGAUCAGCAUUACCGUUGCCCAGCGCUACUCGGUCCUCGUCACUGCCCGCAACGACACCUCAGCCAACUGGGCCAUCCAUGCGAACAUGGAUAUCGACAUGUUCGAUGCCGUACCUCCCGCGCUGAACCCGAACGUCACUUCGUCAAUUACCUACAACGCCUCCGCGCCGCUAAUCGACCUCGGCCCCGUCGGCGUCGACGCCUACCACGAUGUGAACGACACUGCACUGGUGCCGACGAUCGUCGUGCCCCAGCCGGCUGUGACCAAGACCAUCGAGCUAGAGGUCAGCUUCGACACGAUGGACGAAGGGACCAACCACGCGAUGUUCAACAUGGUCACAUACAACUCCCCGCUCACCCCCGCCAUUUUCUCCGCGUUGUCGUUGGGGCCGAACGCAACGGUGGAGAGGGCGUAUGGCCCGUUGAGCUUUGUGAUUGAGUAUGGCGAUGUGGUGGAUUUGGUAGUCAAGAAUGGGGAUGCGGGGAAGCACCCCUUCCAUUUGCACGGACAUAAGGUCAUGAUCGUUGGACGGUCGGAGGACUACACCUCGGACGACCCGGUCCUCAACCCGCCUCUCGUCGAAGGACAGGCAAACCCCAUCCGGCGCGACACCGUCCAAAUCCCCUCAAUGCACUCUGCAACGCUGCGUGUCGUCGCCGACAACCCAGGUGUUUGGCUCUUCCACUGUCAUAUUGAAUGGCAUCUUGAAGUCGGUCUCGCGGUCCAGCUCGUCGAGGCACCGAUCGAGGCACAGCAGUACGCCGCGAACGUCCCGCCGAUCAUGUACGACCACUGCAAGGCGUUGGGGAAGCCAACCUCAGGGAACGCCGCUGGACGCGCGUCUACGACCGACCUGACGGGGCUUCCGCUCGGCCCGUACCCGCAGAAUCUGGGAUGGCAUUCGAAGGGUAUCGGCGCUAUGGCAGGAUGUGUACUGGCUGCUGUCCUGGGGAUGAUCUCUGUCUCGUGGUACUCUCUAGGAGGACAUAUAACGGAGGAGGAGAUCGAGAAGGGGGUCAGGGACAAACUGGAGGCGAAGGAGAAGAGGGGAAAGUUCUUCGGCCUAUUGAAGCCGAAGGCGGCCCCGGAGUCGUAG